AUGUCUACCAUCUCUACUUUCCUCAAGUCGUACACCUCGAGAAGAACUCAGUACCAACUCAAGAAGGCCCUGCCAGAAGGAGUCACGCUCCAGCAGGUCCAGGACAUCGUACAGCAGCUGGUGAAGCACACGCCAACCUCGUUCAACUCCCAGACCGUGAGAGCUGUGAUUCUCACUGGAGCAUUGCACGACAAGGUGUGGCAGUCAGUGACCGAUGCCAUCCCAGCAGAGGCUCAGAAGAAGAGACCAAACUCCAUCAAGGAGGAGGCGUACGGCUCCAUCAUCUUCUUUGACGAUGGUGCGGCCUUGAAGAAGAUCCAGGAGGCCUUCCCACCGUACGCGGACUACUUCCCAAUCUUCGCCUCGACCUCUAACGGUGCUGCUCAGAUCAACACCUGGACAUUGAUUGGUGAAUUGGGUCUCGGAGGCCACUUGCAACACUACAACCCAUUGGUGCAGGAGGCUCUCAAGGGCAAGGUUCCAGAGAGCUGGAACGUUGUUGCCCAGCUGGCCUUUGGUGUCCCUGUGGGCGAGCCUUCUGAGAAGGAGUUCAUUGACAACGAGGUGAAGGUGCUGUCCGAGUAG